AUGGAAAAUGGUUUAGAAAUAACUACUAAACAAUUAAAAGUCCUUGAAGAAACAGAAGAUCGACUUCGUGCUGAAAUUUCUAGUAUUUGUAUAUGGAAAUAUCGUACUAAUAAUACUAUAGAAAAACGAGAUGAACAUGAUCGAGCGUUAGAAUACAUCUGGACUCGGGAUAAAGUGAUAGAUGUUAGCGAAUUAAAAAUUGGAGAACGAGAAUUUGAGUUAAAAGUUUUACCAAAUAAAGUAAAUGUACUUGAAGGGGCACGUCGAGCACUUUAUAUAUUUGGAGAAUUAGGAGAAAAGAAACACGUAAACAGUUUCAAGAAUGUCAAUCAAAUUAAAUAUUUAGUUGAAUAUUAUUAUGCUGAUAAUGCUAAAGAAUAUAAUAAUCACGGUUGGAUGUUUACUGUAAGCAAAGUAAUACCUUUAUUAUAUGAUUGUCAUUUAGCUUACACUCCUUCAUUACAUAUUAAUCCUUAUGAUCAAAAGAAAGGAAAUAACGCAAAUGUGAUAUUGUAUUCUUUUGCAGUAAAACCACGUCUUGAACCAAAAAAAGUUAUUAAUGAUAAUAAACAAAUGAGUCCUUUCCUUCGUGUUAUUCAUGAAGAGAAAGAUUAUGAAUUCGAUCGGACACCUACAAUUAUGACAGUUUUAAAUUUAAAUGAGAUCGUGCAAAUAAUAAGAGAAGGACCUAGAUAUAUGAAUAUUUUUAAUAUGUUUGAUCUAUUAUCAGUUAGCAAUAAUAUAGCGGGUUUUUUAUGUGAUUAUGUAUUCGCUUUGCCAAAAUCAGUAUAUAAUUCUGUUUUAGCGUUUACAAUUUUAUAUAUUGAUAAAUCUUCUCGACUUGAUAAUUACUAUUCAAAUCCAUUAUCAUCAAUAGAGGCUAUAUUCUUUUGGAUUAACGGACGAUGGGAUCUUGGUGCAUUUGUUAAAACAAAUAAAGCAGGUCUUAGAGUACAGUAG